AUGGAUACGUUACUAACCGCGGAUAUCGUCGCCAACUCCCCGCGAUUCCGGCGCAAGUCGUCGACUUUCGUCGAUGCAAUUCACGACCUGCCUGAAAAGGCCGAUUUGGCUCCCGCGCAGCUCUACAGCACCGAAUCCGGCCGACUCUUCCAUUCCGGCCGCAUUGUCAUCAUCACGGUAGGAUUACCGGCAAGAGGCAAGACGCAUAUGUCGGUCGCUCUGGCACGUUACCUUCGCUGGUUAGGCGUCAAGACAAGAAUAUUCCACCUCGGCGAUUAUCGACGUGCUACCAUCCCCUACGGCCAAGAUAUCCCUGAUGACUACUUCUUUGUCAACGCGUCGGCUUCGUCUGUGCUCCUAAGGCAGAAGAUUGUGAAGCGAUGUCGCGAAGAUAUAUACCACUUCUUGAAUCAUGAGAAUGGGCAGAUAGCGAUAUACGAUGCAGUCAAUCCCAUCGCUUCGGGACGACGGUCACUCGCCAAGGAAUUCUCCAAGCAUGAUAUAGAGACUCUGUUCAUUGAAUCGUGGUGUGACGAUGAACGUAUAAUCGAGGAGAAUGUCCGACGGGUCAAGAUAUCCUCACCUGACUACGUAGGGUGGUCUUCAGAAGACGCGGUCAAACAUUAUUUGACUAGGAUAGCUGCCCGUAUCCCCCAAUUCCAGACUAUGGAGGAGACGGACCUCAAUUACAUCAAGAUGAUCAACGCAGGUGAACGUUUGAUUGUAAACAACAAAAGCUUUGGCUAUCUCUCUAAUCGGAUUGUGUUCUACCUCUUGAACCUCCAUAUCAAAUCAAGACACACGUAUUUUGCCAGAGCCGGCGUUUCACUGGAAGCAGGCUCAUACAAAGCGGAUGCCUCGCUAUCCGAGCAAGGAGAGGAGUACGCCAAAAAGAUGACAGAGUGCUUGCUGCAGCACAGGGAGGCUGAAAGACAAGCUAUGGCCGAUCAAGGGGAGAAAGACUACGAACUAAAGCCGCUGACAGUCUGGACGUCUACGCGACGGAGGACAGUCGAAACCGCCAAGUAUCUCCAUGAGAAAGGUUACAAAGUACGGCAGCGAUCACAAAUGAGCCAGUUGAACCCUGGAGUAUGCGAGAUGAUGUCGGAACGGAAAAUCCGCCAGGAGUAUCCGGACGAGGUGGCGAAGCAUGAUCUUGACCCCUAUCACCAUCGUUACCCUCGAGCAGAGUCCUAUCAUGACCUUGCGGUACGGCUGGAGCCUAUUAUCCUGGAGCUUGAGCGCGAGCAGAAUGAUCUCUUGAUUAUCGCGCACGAGAGCGUAUUAAGAGUGCUUUAUGGAUACCUGAUGGCAUGCAAUGCAGCCGACAUUCCAUUCCUGGAGUUCCCACGGGACGAGAUAAUUGAAAUAAUACCCGAAAGCUAUCAGAACGAGGCGCGCCGAAUCCACAUCCCUGGUCUACCCAAAGAGAUCAUCCCUGGCUCACCCGAAGACAUCAAGAUUCCCGUCCCGCCGAGUGGGAUGAUGACCCCGCUGGCUGGGGGACUUGGCAGCCCAAAGGAAGGCCUCGCAACGCCGCAGAGCGGCCUUCGAACUCCUCGGGAGCCCGAGAGGAUCUCACAGCAGCAUGCAAGGAUUGGAGAUGGAGGGGUUGACAAAAGACGGGGUCCGGAUUUCUCGCAGCUUAUCGAUAAGCCGCCCAGUUUGCCGGCACAAAAAGUCGGCUGGCUGUGCGAUCCAUUCGAACAUACAUGGUUGCUCUUCAUGGUCUCCAUCACGACCGAGUACAUCAGCGUCGGGGGCAAUAGGCAUCCCGCCGCCGCUGAUUGGGACGUCCAGUCAGGCGUGCUUGCCUUUGGCGCAGAUAACAAUGUAGCUCUCUGGGAUCCUCGAGAGAGCUCCCAGCGCGGGGUCUAUUCGCUUCUUGUCGGCCACACCGACAAGGUCAGUGUCGUUCGGUUCUACACAUGCCCUUCCACCGGAGCGAGACUUCUCUUGACUGGCUCUGUUGAUCAUACGGUCCGGUUAUGGCGCCCCGAUUCUGAAAACUCCCGCCAAUUCGUCCACGCGCAUACUUUGGAAGGACAUACCGCCUCAGUCAAUACCAUCGCCAUAGCUGAAGGAUUAGACAUCGUCGCAUCGGGCGCAGCUGAUGCUACUGUGAAGAUAUGGAAGAUCAGCACGCAGGGGGAGCCGAAGGGCGAGCUCUUGAGAUCUAUUCCCAUGAAGCCACGCUUCUUUCCGUUGGCUUUGGCGUUGACACCGCUUCGAACGGAGUCGAAUGACAGACCUGUGGCUCUGGCGGUGGCAGGGACCACAAACAUCGUGCAGGUAUAUGUAGCGGAGAACACUCUUGUCGACCCCCAGUUCAAGCUUGCGGCUGUGCUGUCCGGACACGAGGCGUGGGUGCGCUCCUUGUCUUUCACGUCGGAUAAGCAGAGCAAGACGGGUGAUCUGCUAUUGGCCUCAGCCAGUCAAGACAAGUAUGUUCGACUCUGGCGAUUCCAACGUGGAGAGGUUACUCAGGCCACGCCGGCGUGUGAUGACGAUCCUAUGCUGGGUGGCUUCGAGCCGACGCUAUCGAACAAGGCGCAUCAGUUCACCGCGGCGGGGACCAAAUACUCUGUUACAUUCGAAGCUCUGUUGUUCGGAAACGAGGACUGGAUUUACACGACUGCGUGGAACCCUGACCCAGAGCGCCAGCAACUUCUCACUGCUUCGGCAGACAACACAUUGACCAUUUGGGAACAAGAUCCGGUCUCGGGAGUGUGGCUUUCUGCCGAAAGAAUGGGAGAGAUCAGUGUUCAGAAAGGUUCCACUACAGCUACUGGUAGUACUGGUGGGUUCUGGAUUGGUCUUUGGGCCCCAGACGGCAAGCAAGUUGUAAGUCUGGGCCGCACUGGAAGCUGGCGCUCGUGGAAAUAUGAUGCGGAAACCGAUAUGUGGGCGCAAUCCCUGGGUAUCUCAGGGCAUGUGCGAUCCGCCAACGGGGUCCUAUGGGAGCCUACUGGAGGAUAUCUCCUGUCGACAAGUGCGGAUCAAACGACACGUCUGCAUGCCCAGUGGCUGCGGGAUGGACUGAAGUCAUGGCAUGAAUUCUCACGACCUCAGAUCCAUGGCUACGAUUUGAAUUGCGUGGACACUCUGGGCCCGGCUCGGUUCGUGUCCGGUGCCGAAGAGAAGCUAUUGCGAGUGUUCAAUGAGCCUGGGCCUAUCGCACAGCUCCUAGAGAAACUUUCUGGCUUCAAACAGACGACCGAAGGAGCACUGCCAGACACAGCACAGAUCCCCGUCCUGGGAUUGUCGAAUCAGGCCCCGGCCGAUGAUGCGCCUACAGGUGAAGACGGAGUGGAGGGUGAGGAAGUUGGAAAAGCUCAGGCUAAUCAGGCGCUUUUGGCGGAAUCAAACCAACCGCCAUUGGAAGAUCAGCUGGCCCGCUACACAUUAUGGCCAGAGCAUGAGAAGCUGUAUGGUCACGGAUACGAGAUCUCAGCCGUGGCCGUCAGCCACGACCGCACACUGAUUGCCACCGCUUGCAAGGCGAGUUCGAUUGAUCAUGCUGUGGUGCGUCUGUACGACACGUCGGACUGGCACGAGAUUCGUCCAUCUCUUGCCGCGCACACCUUGACCAUCACUAGUCUCGCUUUCUCCAGUGACGACCAGUACCUUCUGAGUGUCGGGCGUGACCGGCAAUGGGCUGUUUAUCAACGCAGCGAACAGGACCCCUCUACAUUCUCUCUUCUAACUUCGAACCCCAAGGGCCACUCCCGAAUGAUCCUCGAUGCCGCAUGGGCACCUGCGUCGGGCAAGCCCAUCUUCGCAACCGCUGGCCGGGACAAGUCAGUGAAGCUGUGGCAAAUGACCGAAGGCUCUUUUGAGUGUAAAUCUACCAUCCCUUUGACAACGCCUGUCACUGCACUGGCGUUCCUCCCGCAGAUAUUCAACAACUCCUUCUUUGUGGCCACGGGCGAGGAAAGCGGGGCAGUGUCUGUCUACCAGGUUGCAGUCGACAGUUUGGAAGCCAGCCAUUUGUCGAGUAUCAACAAGCUUUCAUCACCAUCGAAGGUGAUCACGCAGCUAUCCUGGCGGCCGGUCCCUGAUGCAGACACACGGAAUUUUGCAUUGGCGGUAGCAAGCGAGGACACUUCAACUCGGAUAUAUAGUUUUUCGGACAUGGUCUCAUAA